AAUUGAGAUGAAAUGUAUGUGAAACCAAACUAUUCGUGAUGUGAUUGGUCGAAUAUAUCAUAUGCAUGAAAAUAUAGGCAAAGUCUAUAGUCAAGGCACGCGCUUAGCGCGCGCAAAUUUGAAUUCUAGUUUUUUUUAAAUUAUACAUUUUAAAAAAUUUCAAGUAUGUCGCGGCCAAGAGUAUUGAUCACACGUGGAGAUAUUCCGUCACCUGGGUAUAAAUUAUUGCAUCAGGAAUGUGAGCUAAUCGAAUGGAAAAAAAGCACUCCAAUUCCGCGAUCAGAGUUGCUGUCAAUGAUAACCGGGGUCGACGGAGUCUUUUGUUUAUUGACGGACAAAAUAGACGAGGAAGUAAUUUCCUCAGCAGGUCCGCAGCUGAAAGUGGUGGCGACGAUGUCCGUAGGACUGGACCACCUGGACCUGAAGAGCUUGAAGGAGAGAAACAUUAAAGUUGGUUACACUCCAGAUGUAUUAACAGACGCAACGGCGGAACUUACGGUAGCGUUGUUGCUGGCAACUUCGCGGCGGAUAAUUCAAGCCGAAAAAGCUUUGAGAGCAGGAGAAUGGACUUCUUGGUCCCCAACCUGGAUGUGCGGACCAGGUCUCGCUGGAUCCAUAGUUGGGAUAGUGGGUCUGGGUCGUAUCGGCGCCAGAGUUGCGGAGUAUCUUUACCCGUUCCGUGUAUCAAAAAUUCUCUACUCCAGCCGCAGCGAAAAAUCAGCUGCGGCUGCCUUUAAAGGCCAGAGAGUUCCUCUGGACCAACUGCUAGCUGAAAGCGACUUUGUCAUUGUAACAAUCGCCCAGACUCCAGAAACUCGCGGGAUGUUCAACGAGGAAGCUUUCGGCAAGAUGAAAAAAUCCAGCAUUUUUAUCAAUGUCAGCAGGGGAGAAAUUGUUGAUCAAGAUGCGCUGGUAAAAGUUUUGAAGAAUCGAGGGAUUAGAGCCGCUGGGUUGGAUGUCAUGACUCCAGAGCCUAUUCCGUUAGACCACGAGCUUCUCAAACUUGAUAAUUGCGUAUUGCUGCCGCAUAUUGGAAGCGCCUCGACAGAAGUAAGGGAACAAAUGUCGGUCAUUACUGCUAAUAACAUUUUAGCUGUUCUGAAAGGAAAUCCUGAAUCAAUGCCGUCUCCUCUAAAAAUGCAAUAAAUAUUUUUACAAUUAUUGUUUUAAUAUGAGAAAAUUAUUUUUUUUAAUAU